AUGGACAAAGAUGGACACUUUGAUAACCAACUCUUAAAAGCUAAUUAUAACAAAGAAGAGGCAGUAAACUUUUUUAAAAAUACCAGUGCAGUAUUUGAAAGGGAGAUGCCUAGAUCACCAUGGCCCGAGAGUAUGAGGAAGAGAAGGCAAAAGCUUAUUAUACCACAUGAAAGUUACCCUGUCAUUCUGAAUACUUACUUCUGUAAGAAAGUUAUUGCCAAAGAAUAUUCAGAAACACAAGAAGUUCGCUGUUGGGAUAUAUCUCUUCCAAGAAGAAUCAUCCCUUUGACUCAGAUAUUUAGAAUUAAGAGUCUAACAGAUAAUUCAUCUGAAAAACAGGUUGUGUGUGGUGAUCUCGGUACCCUGGGGGAAGACCAUAUUCAUAAACCCAAAAAAGCAAAACAACACUUCUCAACACAAGCUUCCCUAAGAGAUUCUCUGCUGGAUGCAGUAGAAAACCAAGAUGCUACUACCUGGUAUCAAAUUGGUGUCUGUGUGGUGGUUCAGAGAGUGUAUUAUCUUCCUUUCAAGUGUCAGCAGAGUGGUGACCCAGCUGUUCCACCCAGCUCAGACUCAUCUAGAGUUCGAGUUUGCCUUCUUGUGCAAGAUGCAUAUGGAGUGUUCAGUGAAGUGUAUGCAGAGCAAACCCAUUUGAAGGACAGACAAUUGGAAGGAAAGAGCUGUAACAUAACAGGAAUGAAGGUUCUACAGAAAGUCACCAGAGAAAGGACAGCAGGACUUUUCAGUUUGAUUGACACCAUGUGGCCUCCAGUGGUACCCUUGAAAGCUCCUGGCCCCAGCCUGACUUGUGGAAAGGUGAAAAGUCACCUUUCUACUCCUAGCUUUUGCUACAUGCUGUCUGUUCACCCAAAUCUGGGACAUAUUGAUAUAAUUGAAGACAAUCCCAUUUCUAAGCUUUACCAACCUCCAGUUACCUGCUACUUGAGAGAAAUUCUCCAGACUGGUGAUAUGGGUAUCCGUUGCAGUUUCUAUGCCAGAGUGAUCUAUCAAAGACCACAGGUAAAUCGUUUACUUCUGGAGCAAAAAAAAAUUUGGCUGAUGGUUACUGAUGUCACCUUACAAAAGCAUGACGAGAAUAACAUUCACCUCUCCAAAACUUUGUUGGUCUGUGUCACUUCCUCAUGUGUACUUGACCCAACAGUUCAAGAAGCACUCACUAAGGCUGUCUCUUCUAGCUUCCUUUUCAGGGAUGCUCUGAAAGAACAGGGCCAAAUUGUUUGUGCUGAACGAACAGUUCUCGUGCUUCAAAAGCCACUUCUAGGCAUGGCCUCUGGAGUUGACUCCUGUGAGCUGACCAGUCCUGUGAGGCUUGAGGAGCUGGAUUCUCUUACCCAGGUCAACUCCAUUUGCAGUGUUCAAGGCACAGUGGCUGGUGUGGAUGAAAAUACUGCCUUUUCCUGGCCUGUUUGUAACUGGUGUGGCAAUGGAAGCAUAGAAGAAAACCCAGAAAACAGAGGAACCUUUUCCUGUGGAAGCUGCUCUCGUAUGGUCACCUGCCCUCUUCUCAGAAGGCAUCUGCAAGUCUUCUUGGACUGUCCUUCAUAUCCCCAGGCCACAGUGAAGGUCAAGCUGUUACAGAGCAGUAUUUCAUCACUUCUGCAGUUUGCUUCCUGCACAGAUGGGACUUAUGAAGUGAAGAGUGUCCUCGGAAAGGAGGUGGGGUUGUUAAAUUGUUUUGUGCAGUCAAGAACCACCCAUCCGACCAGCUGUUUUGGAUUGGAAGAAAUUGAGCUUCUGACCAGUUAAAGCUGCUGUGGAAUGACAAGGCUGUCCCAAGAUCUGUGAACUUUGGCAUGUGGCUACAAGGAUGGUGGUGGCAGUUUGGGUAGUUAUUUGUUAACCAGAGUGAAUGUAUUUUGU